CCUCUUUUUUUUUUUUUUGGUUUAUAUAAUCGUUAAGAAGACCAACUUUUAAUCACCAUGACUAUUCCCGAAGCUUCCCACCGCCACGCUGAAAAGAACCGUGCUGCCGUUGAACAAUUCAAGGCCUUGGCAUCCACCCUUGAGGGCUGGGAGCUCUCAUCUGAGAAGGACGGCGUGAAGCUUUACAGCAAGAAGGUUGAAGGAAGUCCCAUGCCUUUGGUUCGUGGUGAGAUUGUCCUCAAGGGAACCGACUACAGUGUCAGAGAUGUUGCUGCUGUUGCCUUGGUACCUGGCUGCAGAAAGAUUUGGGAUGAGCGUUAUGAUGUUUCCGAGACAAAGGAAUGGUUCUCUCCCUUUGAGUCCCUCUUCUGGGUCAAGCUUAAGGCUCCCUGGCCCAUCAGCCCCCGUGACUUUGCUGCCUGUUGUUUGCGCGACAUGAGCGAUGACGAGUGCAACCUGGUCAUUGCCUCUGUUGAAGACCCUCUUAUUCCUCUGGUCUCUGGCUGUGUUCGCGGCAACCUGAUUGUUUCGGGCUGGAAGGUCCACAAGGUCGCCGACGGUGUUGCGUUGACCUACAUUACCCAGGUCGAUCUUGCUGGCUCGAUUCCCUCGUCGUUCCUCAAGACUAUCCAGAUCCAGGUCCCCCUGUGUGCCGGCAAGGUUGUCGAGUACAUCAAGUCCUACGGCUUCCCUCCCAUCGUGCUCGAGUGCACCUCGGGUUUCCAGGGCGAACACUUUGACCACGCCAAGCGCUCGUUGGUUGCCCACGUCGAGGGACAGGGUGAGGCCCGCUUUGUGGCCUCCCACAAGAUGUAUCCCAACGGUGUCAAGGUUGCCAUCUCUGGUGCCGGUACUCCUGAAAUCAUUCCUGGUAACAAGGAUGACAAGAUUAUUGUAGUCAGAGGUAUAGAUGGACCUGCCACCAUUACCAUCACCAAGGCUUAAACAAAUCAAAUCAAAUAAGAAAGAAAGAAAGAAAAAGAAGAAGAAGAGAAUAGAAUAGAGAAGUUCAUUCCCUUUUAUAUAUAUAUAUAUAUAUAUAUAUAUAUAUAUUGCCCAUUACAAAUACAUAAAGACACACACAUUUACACACUCACUCCACUCAUAUAUUCACAUAAACACUCAAACAUAUUCUUUUUCUCUCUCUUUUGUCCCUGUUGAAAUGAAGGCAAUAUAUUUAUAAUAUAUCAACCAAAUUAAACAUUAUUAUUAUUAUUAUUAUUAUUAUUAUU